GUUCUGCGCAAACACCCUGCUUACACAGCGCCAAGCUAUCAAUAAUCCACAGGUCAUAUCGUGGGACUGUUUCCGGACUAGCGACAAAGAAACCCUGGCCGACAUGGACCGGCACAUGGCCGCUAUGCUUUCGCAAUCAAUUGAUCACCAGUUAUCAAACAUGAGAUCUUGAAACUUAAGGCGUUUUCAAGCUUUGAACUAGGGUCUUACGGAGCCCGGCCAUUUCCAGGUGCCGCUGCCCGCCCGCACCAGCUAUGGGCGUAGCUUCCCUCGACAUCAGCAGCCCACAGCGCUGACAAUGGGCUGGGGAUGGCGAUGGGCUUGAAAAGUGACAAAGGGAUGGUUGCGUGGCGCCAUCUCCUCUCUGCAGAAGGCUCUGCACGACUACGCAAGGCUUCCAGGUGAUGCACAGCUGUGUACACAAUGCAUUUGACAAGGCGCGGGCUCCGACAAUAGUUAGUUCGGUCCGGAAGGCCCGUCGCCGACCGCUGCAAUGGAGCCCAAUGCAGCUCCGCUUUUGCUCGCCGUCCGUGCCAGGCGGACAGCCCUGGCAGGUAUGAUUCCCUGGCUGCAUACACAAACAUUCAACUAAACAAACUAUAGCUUUAAGCCUUGUCUGGCUCUAUUCGGCGUAGCAGCCCCUUGCUGCAGACGAGUCCGGGCUUCGCCUCGGCUCUGCGCAAUUAUGCAAAUGGCAGCCAGCUUCUCUAUCUCUGGCGAUUUUGCCUGUGGCCAGUCUACUGGUCACGCGACGUUCUGGCGGCUUGAAGAGAACAAAGUCUUCGAGGUAGCCCUUGCAAGACACUACGCGGACGUGGACAGGUUCGAGCGCAUCGCCUCUUAUCUGCCAAACAAGACGCCUAACGACAUUCAGAAGCGGCUCCGCGACCUCGAGGACGACUUGCGACGCAUCGAUGAGGGGUGUAACGAGGGCGCCUCAGCUCAGAGCGCCCCCGCGGCGACCCCCGCACGUUCAGAGGACUCGGCGCCGAACGCCAAGCGGCCAAAGACCGAUGUGCCAGCCAACGGUGACCGUCGCAAGGGUGUGCCCUGGACGGAGGAGGAGCACCGGUUGUUCCUGCUCGGGCUCGCCAAGUUCGGCAAGGGUGACUGGCGUUCCAUCGCCCGCAACUUCGUCAUUUCUCGGACGCCAACCCAGGUGGCGAGCCAUGCGCAAAAGUAUUUCAUCCGCUUAAACAGCAUGAACAAGAAGGACAAGCGCCGGGCGUCGAUCCACGACAUCACCAGCCCGACGCUGCCCGCCUCGGUGGCCAACCCCGCCCCGACCACGGGGCUAGCGCCUGCAGCGGCCUCGGGCAAGGCCACCUCGUCAUUGGUGCAGGGCGCGACCUCCUCCGCCACCACUGCCACCUCGCAGCCCAUGGCCGCCGCGGCGGCCGCUGCAGCGGCAGCCUUCCCCGCGGCUGCGCACGUCGCCGCUGCCGCUGCCGCGGCCGCCGCCGCCGCCACCAGCACCACCAGCGUUUUCGCGCAGCUGGCUAUGCACGGGCUUGCCAUGCAGCCGGUGAUGCAGCAAGCGGCUGCGGCUGCGGCAGCAGCGGGCAUGAUGCCUCAGCUCAACGCGGCGGCCGCGGCCGCUGCGGCCGCCGGCAUGCCGGCGCCCGUGCUUCCCAACGCGGCGCAGUACAUGGUGCAGGUCUAAGCAGUUGCUGCGAGUGCAUCGCUGGCUUCUCGGCCGGCCAAGGGCGGGGCCAGCUUGCAGUGGGGGCGGCGCAUUGAACUGGGUGUGUGGAGCGGCCGCGGAGCGCGGGCUUGCUGAGACCAAAUAUGGUCCCAGCACUAUGCCUACUGCGCUGCUGCGGCUGUUAUGCGGGCAAGGAAAGUCUAUUGCAGUUGAGAGAGGGCAAGAAUGGUGGUCUUGCAAGAGUGAAAGUGAGUGAGCUACCAUGCGUGUGUGAAGCGGCAGCGGGACCUAAAGCGUCUGGCAGCCGGGCGUGUGGGCAGCAUCUUCAUUUGGUUGUGGACGGAGGCAUCGUUAGUCAGAUAUAAGGAAGCAAAACCGAGUGCUCGAGCGUGGUUGUGGUGGUCUGGUGAAGCGCUUUCAGCCGGCGCUGUUGUUCGGGAGACACGCACGAAGCAUGUGUCCCCGAUACUCAGCACGCGUGGCGGCUGUCCAGACCUGCCAGAGAGAGAAGAGGGAAGCUCGGGCCCGCGCCUGAGGCAACCCCUCGUUCUAAUUGUUUGCGACGUCCCUCUGGCUCGAAUUUUGAGUGUGGUUUCGUGCCUGCUGGACUUCCAGGGCUUUUUCUCAGGCUUGCGGUUUGCCGACAUCGCUUAAACCUCAACUUACUAGUGAAUGGAACCUUGCGGCUUUGACGGCGGCGGCCACAGGCGGCGUAACAGGCGCAACCGCCUGGGUUCGGGCCGUCGCGCGGGUGGUGUGUCCCUCCGUGUGACGGAGGGGCAUGGGACGUGAGAUGGGCGAAUUCGAUUUGUUGGUUGCAGUGCGACGCAGAGGCUACCGCUUCCGUCGAGCACUGUCGGGAGUUGUUGGCGUUGGGGUCAUGUUUCAGCCUUGGUGCACGUCUGGGUUGUAUAUCAACACUGGGAGCUGGGCGUGGCCUGUGCCCGCCUGUGCCAGUCUGUGAGUUGUAUAUGGCCGCAUCUGUGGUGAUGGGCGGAUGCGCGGCAAGGCCAAUAGCGGCCUCGCGCCUGUGUCGCCAAGGCUUUGGUGUCCCCCAGAUUUGUGCUUGGAGGGAGCAUCGUGUGCGGUGCAGUUGGGUUGGUUGCCUGCGGUGACGGCAUUACUGAGCGGUUCUUUGCCCAGCCUCCAAAUCGGUGUUGCCGGUGCCUAUAUAUUCGAAGAAGACCCAAGCAAUUACGUUUGUUGCGUGUCAACGUGGUGGUGGAGAAGAGUAAACAAGGUCAAGGAGUUUUGGAGACGCGGUAGGUGCGCAACGAUGCCGAGUCCAUAGGCGUGGUUACGGCCUAAUGCGCUGCUGCGCGGAAUGACGUUGAGCACUGCUAAGCGCAAGUAGACGUUUGCAUGCAUGCCACAGCGGCGUCAGUGGCAGGGGCUGGGAGGUCUCAGGUCGUGAAGGAAUGAUCAGCUGAACAGCAGUCGGCCGGGGCAUGUCGGUUGAGAUGUAGCCGUCUAGGGGCGGGGGGGGGCACCAAGAAGCGUGGAGGUUGGAGGAACAUCAAAUUUUCCGGACGUUGACCCUAACUUUAUGCGCGGGUCCUUGAACCUGCGAAGGAUAAAUCAGGCACGCAUUUUUUGCGCGGCCGCGGGUGUUGCUGUAUUUGGUUAGUUGUUGCCCACUUUGACGUGUUGACCAUGACUGCGAUCUGGAAUGGCAAGCGGCUCCCGGUGUGUCCCAAUGCUCCGUGUAUCUUUGUAUGUGAUGCGCGCGUGGUGUCAUGCGUGAGGACUGUACGUCUACUUGUAUGCGUGAUGAGUGCUUGCAAGGCGGUGGCAAGCGUGCUGCUGGCAAGGCGGAGGGGCGGCCCCCGGCGUACAACCAUGCCCUUUGUCGGCACUGUGCCGGCCGCCCCGGAGCUGCCGGCUAUUUGUGUGUAGGUGUAGGCGCCGAGGUGGGGGCAAUGCCUGCGGCUGCCUGUGAUGUCGCUGAUCCCGUUGAGUGGGAAGUGUGCAUUACUAUGGGAGGCGCGCUGCGGGCACUCCUCGUUCGCUUUGGAGGACCGGAUUGUACCCGGCUGCGUGUGUGUGAGGCCCCCAGCUUUGUGCUUGAGCGCUGUGGCUCACACGAAGGUCGGGUGCAACCAACCUAAAUAAGGCCCCCCAUUAUGCUGACGUACUGGGUGCAAUGCUUUUCGAGCGCGAGAGUCUGCACGGUCUGCCAGUUUAAUUAGAGAAUUAGAAUUAUUAUUUGGGGGUGGUUUGGGGCAAGGAGCCGCAUGGCGGGCGGGGGGCGGAAGGACCACGGAUGAAUCUGUGUGCAUGUGUUCUGGCAACACUGAUGCGAGUUCCUGACAUGCCGGGGGACUGACCAGUUUCCCUCGUGAUGUGUGCUUGGUGCGUAGCCCGUUUUGACUACAGGGCAUUGGAGAAGAGCUUGAAAUGUGUGUUUAUUUCUAGUCGAUGUUCGAGAGGCGCAUGGUACUAGCAUCACGCAGCAACACAGCGAUGCGGCGCCGGUACAAAGGUGAGGCUGCCAAGUUACAGAGCUAUCCGGUGUCGAGAUGAGACGAGCGCAAGAUGCGGGUAUUUUAGUCGGUGCAUCAAUUUCGAGAGCGCAUGCUGAGAGUACUGCAUACAAUUUCGGUGCUUCGCAAGAUUCGAGAGUCAUUUGGUCCGAGGGAAAGCAAGAUUUUGUUGGGAGUUCGUCGCAGGAAGCAUGGUAAGACACGUCACAG